CUCAAGAUCUUCGAUGACGCCAGCCAGAAGCGCGUUUUUAUUCAGGGUCUCGAGGAGAUACCAGUCAAGGACGCUACAGAUGCACUUGCCCUCCUCACGAAAGGGAGCGAUCGCCGGCAGAUUGCUGCCACUAAAUUUAACGACCACUCCAGUCGAUCACACUCCGUGUUCUCUAUUACGAUUCAUAUCAAGGAGACAUCAACCAUGGGAGAUGACCUCCUGAAGGUGGGCAAGUUCAACCUCGUUGACCUUGCGGGCUCGGAGAACAUUGGACGCUCUGGUGCAGAGAACAAGAGGGCACGAGAAGCGGGCAUGAUUAAUCAAAGCUUACUAACUCUGGGCCGUGUCAUCAACGCUCUUGUCGAGCGUUCAGCCCAUGUGCCUUAUCGAGAAUCCAAACUUACCCGCCUCUUACAAGACUCACUCGGUGGUCGUACAAAGAGGUACAUCAUCGCCGCCAUCUCUCCUGCUCGUUCCAACAUGGAAGAGACCCUCUCCACCCUUGACUACGCCAUCCGUGCAAAGUCUAUCCGCAACAAAGCAGAGAUCAACCAGCGGAUGACACGAAACUCCUUGUUGAAGGAAUACGUAGCCGAGAUCGAGCGUCUUAAGGCCGACGUC